AUGGCAGCAACUUCCCAUGCAAUGUUACCUCCCCGCCAAAUUCAUCUUCUUCGGCGAAAUUCCGGUGCAUCCGGUCACUGGAUCUCGGGCAUUGACUGCCUAAGCUGGCGUUUUGGUGUAGAAACUAACACCAUCCAAGGAUGGAGAUUGGUCCCUAAAAAUUGUAAAGACUAUGUUGGUCACUACAUGCUUGGGAAACAGUACCGUGAAGAUUGCGAUGUUGUGGCAAAGGCUGCUCUGGAGUACGCCAAAAGCCUCAAGCUCGCCGGAGAUGGCAAGGACGUUUGGGUCUUGGACAUUGACGAGACUGCACUCUCAAAUCUACCUUACUAUGCUCGGUCUGAUGUUGCAUUCGGGCAAGACUCCGAAACAGGUACUACAUCACUGGUGUACAAAUCCAACAAACGCAAAGAGCUUGUAAAAACAGGAUACAGAAUACUUGGAAACAUGGGAGACCAGUGGAGCGAUCUACUUGGGAGCAACAUUGGUAAUCGAACUUUCAAGUUGCCCGACCCGAUGUACUACAUUAGUUGA